AUGUUCAGUGCUGGAAUUUCGGGACAGGAGCCAGUAUCCUGGUCAAAAUGCGGACUUUUGGCUUACGGUGAUAGAAAGGAUAUCAGGUCAAACCUGGUAAUAACUUUCCUAGAGACAGUUAAUGGCAGUAACUGGAAAUUCCACAGGUCAAGAAGGUAUGCGAUAAGCCCGCACAUUUUCGAACAGAAUACUUCGAAUUCAAACGGUACAAAGACAGGAUCGGCUGCGGGCAAAACAGUCAAUUGCCAUUACCCGAUAUCUUCUCUUCAUUGGAACAAUGUUGGAACUCUCGCUGGGGACAUGCUGGCAGUCUGCGAUCAGAAGGGAAAUGUUACUUUUAUCGUCGCAGGUCAUGGUGCGGAAGGAUCAGGCACACUUGACAGGCUUUCAGUAGUAUUUCAGGAUACCGUAUACAAAAUGAGCAGCCAGAUGAUGCCUCUUGUCGAGGCCAGAUUCGGCCCAAAAUUGGGCUCGAAGCCUUCUAAAAACACCGGAAGCUCUCUUGUGAUUCACUUUGAAUGGCUGAGCGGGCAGAAACCGGCGAUUUGCAUGCAUGGCGCAAUAAAAGAUCAAGCAACCGGAUUUUUCAAAAGUCAGGUUCAGCAAUGUGAACCAUGGGGUCUAUUUCAUCCUGCAAGUAUUAAAAGUGCAUCUUUUGCAAUAAGGAGAAACGCUCAACUAGAUUUUUGGUACCAGUUUUCGAACUCGAAAGAGCACAAGAAAAUAUCGUUGCAACUGAAUAACCUGAGGCAGCAACAAACAAAACAACUAGAAUGUCUGCGGUUCGCAAAGUGUGCGCAUUCUUACGAAGGAAAUUCAAGCUUGGUGGGGACUUAUUCGGCCUUAGAAAAUAGAUUUUCCCUAUACAAAUUGGACAUCAAUUGGAAUUCGACCACUACUGACACAACAAACGAGCCCUCUGUCGCUUUACAUCAAAUUUUUUGUUUCAAUCCUGAUCUACUGGGUCUCAAUGGUGAGUUGCUUGAGCUAUCAAAUUUUGAGAUGAUUUCAGCCUCAUACGAUAAAAAAUCUCGAGCGGAGCUUCUUCUUUGUUACACAAUUCAAGAGUCUUCGAGGAGCUUGAUCAAAAGAUAUGAAGUGACCAGUUUCUCUCCAGCUACCGAACUUACGGCUAUUUUCGGCACAGUUACGUCACAGACAGCCUCUUCGGGCCCCACGAAUUUUUCCUUGUCCGAUAUGGGCAGUCUCGAGCUCGAUGGCGAAGUUGUGGGUAUAGAAACUCGUAAUUUUGAUACUGUUGUCAUAUUUCGACUGAAAAACGGUUAUUUCAAAAUAUUCAACAGAUUUUUGUGGUCUGAGGAAGGCGUCACUAUAGGCGAUGCUCCUAAGUUGAACGACUCAAAGAAAAUAACCUCUAUUACUUGCAGUGGAAUGAAGUAUCCGAAAGUUCCAGCACUAGAAGUAAUAGACUGGGUUCACCUCUCCCCAGCCAUGGGAGGUUAUGCGUUUAAAAUGAAAUAUCAGAGCGAAGCUUCUUUUAAAGCCAUUUCUAUACCAGAUCUUUCUGACGAAACGGAAAACAUAAUGCACGCAGUUUCGUUUGCGCACGCCUUUGUUGUCAGUAAUCACCAGCAACUGUCUGGGGAAGAUCUAUCAAUUGCCAUCAAGGAGGUUGCGCUAAAAUGGGGGCAAGAAGAUAAUAAGAAAGGAAGGCAAUUCAUGGUAGAAGUGAUCAGACAGGUAAUGCAUUUAUUCGGCUUAACGCCAGAUACCCCGAAAGAGCUAAAGGAUAAAAUUAUGAUGAGCAGACCAAUACAAAGAGCAAUUUUGUUACAGCUUGAACUUGGUGGCUCUUUUGACAACAAGAACAUGUAUAGCUUGCCGCGUGCUAUCAUGCUGUUGCGGAACAUCAUGUUCGCCUUCAACGGCGUCUCAAGAAAUAUUCAAGUUAUUGUCCACCAUAUCACCACAAUGACCAUACAACAACCGGCCAGCAAACUUUUUCAGUUUGCCUUCUCGAAGCAAGACCUAAUUUACUCUCUAAUCCCAUGUGCGAAGUGGUUUGUAAAAUUCAUCACUUUUCUCACUCAGCAGUUGAUAGUGCUGGUCAACAAUUCACAAAUGAAGGAGGAAACUCUUGUGCUUUCAGUAUUGGCAUCUAAGAUUUCUCGAACAUUACUGCUAUCGAUACUCAGCGAAAUUAAGAAAAUUGUUCAAUUAAUAACCAAAUUUCCCGAGACCAACUAUCCUAUUCUCAAUGAGUCCUCUGUAUACUUGAGAAAGGUGUUAGGUGACUCUCAGGUUAAUUUUGAAAAGUUUGAAACUUUUCUGGUGGACGUCAAUAAUAAAUUCACCUCUCUAGGAGAGCAGCAAAACCAACUUUCGCCCACCAACGCCGAUACCUAUUUAAUCUUUGAUGGUGACUUUUCUGAAGAUAUGAAAAGUAUUAAAGAUUUUCUUCUGACGUACUCCAACAUGGCCAUUCUGUCCCACAUAAAGCCAGCGGACGUCUACUUUGCGGACACUAGUGCUCUUCGCAUUUUCGCAUCUGAGUACUUUUCGCCGGAAGUAUUUCGACUUUUGCAGCCCAUCGAAAAGGGUCUUGUCAUAAAAUCCAACGAUUUACCGGAAAACGCAUCGUCGGAGAGGUCAUUUUCUCCGCUCACUUUUGACAGCAUAUCUCAUGAACCUAUUAAUCCCGCCAAAACGCCCAAAAUCAAAAGGUGUUGUCGUUGCAGCGCUAUAACCCGCACUGGGUAUCCUAUCAGUAAAGAAAAUACUGUAAUACCUACUUCAAUUUCUGCUAAACGUUGGUCUAAUCUAUACUCCAGGGUGUGCAUGUGCUCAGGUUUCCUUUACGAGCUCGAUGACGACUGA